AUGGCAAUGCAGCAGCUUCAACCAGGCCUAGAAAACCCGGAAUGCAAACAUAUACAGCAACUUACUCAUUCGCUGCAAAUGGUAGAGAGCAACAAUUGUAUAUUAGAGCAUUCGCAAAACCACCAACACCCAUCCAGUCAGCCUGCCUUUUCUCCAUCAAUGCAGCAACUCUCUCAUUUCCCACAUACUUCUCCGUCGCCUGUCCGUACCGCCUUCAGCUUGCAUUACAACUCUGAUCAGAGCAAUAGCGAGUCUUCCAUUACCUCACCAUUAGCCUAUCCGCUAUGUAAUGGCGGGUCUCCGAUUAAAGAAACUCAACAUUUGACACAAUUGCUUACUCCAACACACACAAUCGGCGCUACUCAAGUUGGUGUUGCCACCGUGACAUCGUCGCAGCAACCUUACACCUCAAUUCAACCUCAACUCAUACAACCCCAACAGCAUCGCUACCACAAUCAAGUACUGCAGCAUCGCUAUCACCAGCAAUCACAACAACCGCUUCAUUCAACUCUUCCUGCCGAAAUGGUUCCACAUCGACAGCUAACCAUGUCGGGAUCCAUAAAUCAAAACAACAGUCUUCCUCCCGACAUGAUGAUUUGGACGAGAGAAUCAUUUGUGCACUUGCUCAUGGACUAUUCUAAAAUGACUCUCUUUAGAGAAUUUGUACAGCAGAAUGAAACGAAACAAUCGGCUGCACGAUCCAUCUUUCUUUUUUUAGACGGCUUUUGGAAAUUACAAGAUGUAUUUGAUGAUAUCGCAAAGAAUCCAAAAGCAAAUAUUUCUGGUCCUAAUCCCAGUCAUGCCGUACCUCGGCUACUUCAUCCAGUCAUUCGCGACUUUAUCAAAAAAUCACAUUCUAAACGACGAAAUAGCAAAGUCACUAUGGCCAAUACUGAUACGCUUUCCAACUUGAUAACUGUGCCAACAUGGUUGGCCACACAAUUACUUCGUUUCUAUGCCACAUUCAUUGUACCAGGAGCUUCAGAAGACAUCUUAUGCAUAUCCAUUAGAGCACGAGAGCUUAUUGCAAAAUCUCUUUUAGAUCUUGGCGGCGAUCGUGGUAUUUCAACUACUGCGUUUAAUCCUGCCACACAAGAGGUGCUUGAGCUCUUGUACACUAUUUGGUAUCCCGUAUUUUUGUCGUCAAUUGGCGUUAGCAUCCCCGAGUCGGUCAUGCUUAAAGAAUAUCCAAACCCUGACGCCAAGUAUGACAAUUACAGUGGAGGGCCUGCUAGCAACACGGAUAGUAAUGCAUAUCUAUCUAAUAAAUUCACACAUAACAUCUCUGCAGAAUCUUCCAGCGCUACCGCCCACUCAGAGACGACCAACUAUCAUACACGCUCAGCAUCAUCUGGAUCUUCUAUAAACAACACAAGUUCCACUGGGUCACAUAUGAAUACCGCUAAUUUGAACAGCAGCACGUCAUCAGUAUCCAACACUGCUAACCCUGCAACAUCUAAAACUGCCACAAAGCUUUCUGGAUUGUUUUCCAAGCUUGUGAUCAAAAAACAAACCAAGGAGGAAAAUAUACAAGAGAUCAAAUUUAAUCGCGAGUCCUUGAUCCGUUUGUUUCACCACCCAGUGUAUUACCAUGAUUUUGCUCUUUUUGUGCAAUCGAUGCAUUGUGGCGAGAAUCUAAUGUUUUACGAAGCUUUUUUGAAGCUGGAAAGUCGAAUCAUGGCCAGUAAGCAGUAUGAACUGGGCUCUAAUUAUAAUGAAUACUCUCACUCGCACAAAUUGAGUGACACACCCGCUAUGCCCACCAAGCAUACUGCCACUCAUUCGACUGUGUCCAAUUCAUCAGCCUCUGAAGCAACUGCUUCAAAUUCUACUUCAUCGAAUUCGAAUUGUACGACGCCAACACAGGCGUAUUCUUAUCACAGUGGACCAACGAUGGUAUAUGAGUAUGCACCAUGUUUAGAUCGAUUUUUGAAACAUGGUGGGUCCAUGUCUUCUCAAGCACAAGAAGAUACAACGAUGCACUCACACCCACCAAAUACUGUGCCAGUUCUCCUUGUUCCACUGAUUCUUCUUUUUCAUGCAAUGUUUAUUGCACCUGGAUCCCCCAACGAAGUUAAUCUUACUCAUUCGAUGCGAAAGUCUAUCACGACUGAACUCGAGAAAGGUCGUGGUUUGAAGAUUCCUACCACGAUAUUUGACGGGGCGAUUGAUCAUGUCUUGGCAUUGCUUUAUGAUAAUUCAUUCAAGCUUUAUCUGAGACAUAAAGAGAAAAAGGAAGCAUGA